AUGCUGAGCGGAGCGGCUGGGGCUGCGCGGCGUGGUGGAGCAGCACUCGCUCCCUCGCUCCCUCGCUCCCUCGCUCGCUCGCUCGCUCGCUCGCUCGCAGGGACACACGCAGGGGCUGACAGCUGUGCCGGUGCUGAUAAGGGAAGCCACAAGGAGACGAUCGAGGAGAGACAACGGCGGCAGAGGCGUCAGCGGCAGUGGCAGCGGCAGCGGCAGCGCCAGGGCUGCGGAGUCGCCGGGAGUGGGAGUGACUCCCCCACCUCAGGCCCCCACCCUGUCCCCGUCCUCUUCCCGUUUGCCCUGAGUUUAGAAGAGCAGCCGCUGCCCCCGCAGCCACUCCGGAGGGCACCGGGGGCUGCUGGCCAGGGAGGGAGGGGCAGGUAGGCUCCAACCAGUCCCAGCAGCUGGGCACAGAUGCCGAUCGAGAUUGUGUGCAAAAUCAAAUUUGCAGAGGAGGAUGCGAAACCCAGGGAGAAGGAGGCAGGGGAUGAGCAGAGCCUCCUGGGGGCCGCGCGGGGGGCGGCAGCCCCCCGGGACCUGGCCACCUUUGCCAGCACCAGCACUCUGCACGGGCUGGGCCGGGCCUGUGGCCCAGGACCCCGUGGACUGCGCAGAACCCUGUGGGUACUGGCCCUACUCACCUCGCUGGCUGCCUUCCUGUACCAGGCGGCCGGCCUCGCCCGGGGCUACCUGACCCGGCCUCACCUGGUGGUAAUGGACCCGGCUGCCCCAGCCCCAGUGGCGGGCUUCCCGGCCGUCACCCUCUGCAACAUCAACCGUUUCCGGCAUUCGGCACUCAGCGACGCCGACAUCUUCCACCUGGCCAAUCUGACCGGGCUGCCCCCCAAAGACCGGGACGGGCACCGUGCCGCUGGCCUGCGCUACCCGGAGCCCGACAUGGUAGACAUCCUCAACCGCACUGGCCACCAGCUCGCGGAUAUGCUCAAGAGCUGCAACUUCAGCGGGCACCACUGCUCCGCCAGCAACUUCUCCGUGGUCUAUACUCGCUAUGGGAAGUGUUAUACCUUCAACGCGGAUCCACAGAGUUCACUGGCCAGCCGGGUGGGGGGCAUGGGCAGUGGCCUGGAGAUCAUGCUGGACAUCCAGCAGGAGGAGUACCUGCCCAUCUGGAGAGAGACAAACGAGACGUCGUUUGAGGCAGGCAUCCGAGUGCAAAUCCACAGCCAGGAGGAGCCACCCUACAUCCACCAGCUGGGCUUCGGCGUGUCCCCAGGCUUCCAGACCUUUGUGUCCUGCCAGGAACAGCGGCUGACCUAUCUGCCCCAGCCCUGGGGCAACUGCCGAGCGGAGAGUGGGCUCAGGGAGCCUGAGCUUCAAGGCUACUCGGCCUACAGUGUGUCUGCCUGCCGGCUGCGCUGUGAAAAGGAGGCCGUGCUUCAGCGCUGCCACUGCCGGAUGGUGCACAUGCCAGAUUCCCUGGGUGGAGGCUCCAAAGGCCCGUGUUUCUGCCCUACCCCCUGCAACCUGACCCGCUAUGGGAAAGAAAUCUCCAUGGUCAGGAUCCCCAACAGGGGCUCAGCCCGUUACCUGGCAAGAAAAUACAACCGCAAUGAGACCUACAUACGGGAGAACUUCCUGGUCCUAGAUGUCUUUUUUGAAGCCCUGACAUCCGAGGCCAUGGAGCAGCGAGCAGCCUACGGCCUGUCAGCCCUGCUGGGGGACCUUGGGGGACAGAUGGGCUUAUUCAUCGGAGCCAGUGUGCUCACGCUGCUGGAGAUCCUAGACUACAUCUAUGAGGUGUCCUGGGACCGACUGAGGCGGGCGUGGCGUCGUCCCAAGACCCCCCUCCGGACCGCCACUGGGGGCAUCUCCACUUUGGGGCUUCAGGAACUGAAGGAGCAGAGUCCCUGCCCAAGCCAGGGCCGCGCUGAAGGCGGAGGCACCAGCGGCCUGCUCCCAAACCACCACCCCCCGGGAGGCCUCUUUGAAGACUUCGCUUGCUAG